AUGCAGUGGCCAGAGGUGGACCAGUGGACCCAGGAAACUUGGAGCCGAAAAGGGUGUGGAAGCACACAGUGUGGUGUGGUGGACCAGUGUGUGUGUGUGGAACCAGAGCCCAGGUGUGCAGGUGUGUGGAUGGAUCAGCCCAGUGUGUGGACCAGAAAAAAAGGAAUGGUGGCUGAAAAGGUGUGUGGAUGGACCCAGUGUGGUAUGGACCCAGAAAGGUGGUGGACCCAGGGUGGAACCAGUGUGAACACACACGGAAAAGAAAAAGGUGGACCAGGAAACCUGAGCUGGACCCAGGAAACCUGGCUGACCCAGGAAGGUGGUGGACCAGUGUGGUGGACCAGUGAAGGAAACGGAAAUGGAUCGACGGCGUGCACAGAUACCCAUGCAGACUGCAACUACUGGAUGGGGAUACACGAGUGCGUUAUUAAUCCGCUAUACAUGAUGUGUUACUGUGCUCAGUCUUGUAACACUGGCGCCGAGUGUUCAGUAGCGGCAGGAGCUGACACAGACUGCGAAUGUGACUUCCACGCUUCCAGGGGAUCCUGUGAAACCAGUGACCUCGCAACUACUUGUCCUCAUACUUGUUCCCUAAGACAGACAGUCACGUGCCCUCCACAUGAGCACUACCCAAACGCCAUUGCUGUUGGUCAGAGGAGAUACCUUGAUCGAGUCACAUACGUAUGUAGCUAUGGAUACCGUAACGAUGGUGACGUCGGGCUGCGGGUGUGUGACUCUUCUGGAACAUGGAGGAACGCUAGUGGCACGCCAAUCUGUACGUAUGAUUCAAGCCUCCUGAUACCCUGCUCGUCAUUGGUGACUACAUUCGAACCUUGGUCUGUGCCAGUGGACAAGGUAGGGAUCCUGGACUGGCGUCAAGAUAUCAACCACUUGGAGUGCUCGGACAUGUGCUUGAGGGCGCCAGGGUGUUUAUACUUUGUCCAUGAUCAUGGAAGCAGGAAGUGCUUUCUGUACUACAACGUUGUUCGAUCCGGGUUCGGAAUAACAGAGACUGGUAGCGUGUGGAAGAAAGUGUUUCAUGUUCAGCCAGUUACGUACUACAGUUAA